GGUGCCGGGGACUGGUGGUGAGUAUCCGCUGCAGCGCGUCAGGACGGGACCGUGAACCCGGAGACGGUACACAGCGAGGCGAAAGCAAGACACAGGAUGGAGCAGAUGUCUGAGGAGGCGCUAAGGCUGAACUUGCUGAAGCGAGGUCUGGAAUCGCCCAACGAACGAGAGGAGGCUUUGGCCAAACGCCUCAAAAUGGAGGGCCACGAGGCCAUGGAGCGCCUGAAGAUGUUGGCGCUGCUAAAACGCAAAGAUCUCGCUGACCUGGCGGCCCUGGAGGUCGCCGGCCCUCUAGGAGACGGAAAGGGCCCCGGCGCGAGCUCGCUCCAUCAUCAGAGCCUAAUGGGUGCUGCUUACGAAGAGAAACUAAAUGGGAGUCUGAGACUGGGAGGACAUGGCGGCCAUGUUGGACCUAGUAAGAAUGGGAAGGAGAACAUUCUGGAUGAGCCGGUGGACAUGAGCGCAGGACGGAGAUGUGACACAGACCACGAUAGGCGUACUCCGUCUCCAGACGUGAUCAUUCUGUCAGACAAUGAGGCCUCCAGUCCCAGAGCAACACCUCGCCCCGAAGAGCGCCUGAACCAUGCAAACCUGGACAUGUUCAAGGGUAAGAGCGGGGAGGAGAGGCAGCAGAUGAUCAAAGCUCUGAGAGAGGAGCUGCGUUUGGAGGAGGCUCGCCUGGUGCUGCUCAAGAAGCUCCGGCAGAGUCAAAUGCAGAAGGAGAAUGUGGUGCAGAAGGUAUCGGUGGUCCAGAAUGCUGCCUCUUCUGGGCAGCCACCUUCCAUGCACGGCUCCCCUGGACUGGGGAAGCUUCCGGUUCGGCCAGGCAUGCACAACCCGGAGCCCCAGAACCUCCGGACUCCACAGGGUCACACAGUCAUCAGGUCAGGGGCCAACGCCAACCUCCCGCCCAUGCUCAUGUCCCAGCGGGUGAUAGCCCCCAACCCUGCCACAUUAUUGCAAGGCCAGCGGCUCUCCAAACCUGGCAUGGGUCGCUCCAGCAUGGGCAACGCCGUAAGCUACCAGCAGGCCAGCCAGCAGGUGGCAGCAUCCCAGCGAUCAGGCUCCAGUGCCAUGUACAUGAACCUUGCCCACAUGCAAGCAGCGGCAGCAGCAGGUGCCAGCGGGGUGGCGGGCAGCCUGGGCGGAACCUCGGCCGUCAGCCCAUCCACUCUAUCCGGCUCGGCCAGCGGAGGCGUGAACUCCAUGGCGGACCAAGCCAGCAGCCAGGCUGCCGCCAAGCUUGCCCUGAGGAAGCAGCUGGAGAAAACGCUGCUGGAGAUCCCCCCACCCAAACCCCCUGCCCCCCUCCUCCACUUCCUGCCGUCGGCCGCUAACAGCGAGUUCAUCUACAUGGUGGGCCUGGAGGAGGUGGUGCAGAGCGUCCUCGACAGUCAGGGUAAACUGCGAGGCACGCUUUCCCGCAUGGAGCCUUUCUUCUGUGCCCAGUGCAGAACUGAUUUCACCCCCCACUGGAAGCAGGAGAAGAGUGGGCGAAUCCUGUGUGAGCAGUGCAUGAUGUCCAAUCAGAAAAAAGCUCUCAAGGCAGAGCACACUAACAGGCUGAAGAAUGCCUUCGUGAAGGCCCUGCAGCAGGAGCAGGAGAUUGAACAGAGGCUGCAACAGGCGGCCCUCUCACCCAGCUCGGCGCCCAGCGGCCCAAACGCCUCCAAGACAGACUCCCUGAUCCGACAUCAUGCUCUGCGCCAGGCUCCUCAACCUCAGGCCUCGAUGCAGAGAGGUCUGUCCAACUCUGCGCGGGGUGUCCUGUCUAACUUUGCCCAGGCCUCUCAGCUGUCAGUGGCCAGCAGCCUCAUGGGGAUGAGCGGUGCAAAGCACUGUGGCAGCAGUGGAGGCGGAAGCAGUAGCAGCAGCAGACUGCAGCAUGAUAGCCGUCGCCAGAUCUACAACAUCCCAGGGUUAAAUAUCGCCUAUCUGAACCCAGCGGCAGUCGGCGCCCAUAAGAGCUCCAGCUUAGCAGACCGGCAGAGAGAGUACCUGUUGGACAUGAUCCCACCCCGAUCCAUAUCGCAGUCCAUCACCGGACAGAAAUGAGCCCUGAACAGCCGUACGGCCCAUCUGAAGACACCCCGCCCUGGGCCCUAUUGUCCUUCCCCACAUCAAAGCACUCCACGAUCAGCCAAUAUUUCCCCCUCUGCCCCAAGGCCCCACCCAUCGCAUGCAGUGCCUGUCCAUGUGCCUACCUUAAACUGACCCAUUUAAAACCCGCCAAGUCACGGAAAGACAAUAAAAUGUCAGCGCAUCUCAAAUUUAAUUAGCAUUGUUCAUAAUUGUAAUUCCCAUUAUUACCGCACUAUUUUAAAUGCACCUACCUUUUUUUUCCCUCUGUUACUAUUACUUAUUAUCCUUUCUAAGUAUAAUUUUGUUUCUCUGCUGUCAUUCCUUUACCUAAGGAAGUGACGGUUAAAUCAUUGUCGGGUCACUUUAGAUUUUUUUUAUCAUAUAGGUGUUUUUUGUUGUUUUUUUUCAUUAUUGCUCCUCUCAUAUAAAGCUUAGAUUGGAGUAUUGCUAGUAACAGAUGAUCAACAGCGUGCAUUCUGGUUACUAUGCAACUUUCAAGCUUCAUAAUAAAUGCGAUAUGGAAGUUUCAAAGCUGAAUACUGAUCCGGACUAUAAUAUUUAGUUCGAUAACUGCUCUGCUUGUUCUUCAAAAGAAGAUAAUGAGCUUGCUCUUAAAAGAGUAGUCUGUUGGGGGCACAUGACACUGAGGGCAGAGCAUCCACAUUGUCAUCAUCUCAUCAAAGUGACACAGUUAAGGGCAUCCCAAGUAUUAAAUUCCCUCCGCCAUCAAUGCUAAUGAAUGGGAGAUGACUGACAGAAGGGUGCUGGCAUCUCAGAAAGAGAAUCCUGUGAGAUCAAACAUUUUCCUUUGCUCGUCGGCUCCCGCCAUUACGCCCAUCAAGCUUCACCGCUUUGCUCAUUUCCGAGGUCCGCGGCUGUCUCCUACUCCAGAUAUCUCUCUCCUCUUACAUAAUGGAUGUACGCGCGACAGUAGUUCUACGAAUCAGGACUGAGCAAUGCAGCUCCAGCAGAACAAUGCACACACCAGAGGAGGAGCGAGCUGUCAGGUUUGGGAGCUUUGCAACUCUACCAGAGGAAAUCACCAACAAACUCAUCCAGAAUUCAGGAGGAGGAACGAGGCUUAACAAAGCAGAUGCGAUGACCCUCCUGCUUCCAUCCUUCCAACCCCACCACCCUUAACUACCUUUGGUUAUGCACAGACUGGACCCUUUCUACCCAGCAGCUCGUCUUUCACAUCACAUGUUCUUUCAAUGUGAAAAGGACUCCACUCUUGAAGGUGGAAGCACAAUUUGUGCACCCAGACCAGAUUCAGUACUUACAAACCUUGAAUUCUGGUUCAUUUGUUGUUAGGUUUGGGACUAUAUUUUCUGAUUCUUAGCCCCCGCUAUCCCAAACCUAGCCCCACCCACACCCCCGCCCCAAUACCCCCCCCCCUUAUUGUUUUUUUUGGUUUGUUUGUUUGGUUUUUUUUUGGUUUGUUUUUUUGCGGCGUCUCCUCUUGAAACGUUGGCGGACCUGAGAGGUAUUAGCCUUCGGGAGACGAUAAUAAUCAACAAAGCUAAAAACAAAAAAAAAAUAUCUGAAAGGAUUAUGUAUAGAUACCUAGCAUCAGAGGGCGAAAACAAAGGAUGUGGAUUAUAUCUUUUAUGGGAGAGACAUGGAUCAAUCAUUGUGUGCAUGUUGUGCGCACAAGUUGCCUCACUCCAGAGGAGCACUUUGCAUAUUUCCAAUUGGAAAAAAAAAACAAAAAACAAAAAAAACGUUUUUUUUUACAAAAAAAAAAAAAAAAAAAAAAAGAGGAAAAGAAUGUUACAAUUAAGAGUCUCUUAAGGUCUAGAAGCUGGCUUAGGGCCUAUCGGAGAGUCACAGGUUUUAUGGUUUACUUCUAAUGUUCUUUGGCAGUGUUGCUCUUAGAAUGUUGGAACUCACGUUGCAUGUCGCUGCUCCCUGUUGCGGUGUGGUAGACCCAGCCUACGAGGACGCUACUUUAGGCUAAGGUAGAAGCAUGAGUACACUCGCCUGAAUUUGUCCAUCCAAGUCUAAACCCAUGGUCUUUGAACCAAAGCAUAUCCUGCAUAAGAACUGAUAGGGAAUCUGAUGGUAUCAGGAAGGAUUAGCGUGAUUAGAUUGCAAAAAAGCUCGAGUCUGGCUCAUGAGAAUCCCCACAGUGUCUCUUUUGCGCUGCACAAUACCGACUCGACUCAGCUGUACUUUGCUCUACUUGACUCUGUUUGAAGCAGUCAGUUUCCCCGUGUCAAAAUUGUACAGUGCUUUAUAUCAGUAUCUCUUUGGCAGGCUUGGAUCCCCAAAUGCCAAGAUACUAGAAACCUCAAAUUACCUGGUAGUUCCUGGUUUUGACAGUUGAAAUGCAUCAAUCACGAGUAUAGCCAUCUUGAGCCAUUAGUAUGCCAUGCUGUGGAAAAGGGGCCAUACCUGGUCAGGUUAUAUUAGUGCAAUCAUUUCAGGAACAAAUGGGACAACGCGCAAAAGUUUGAUUUCCUUUUUCCUCAUUGUUUCAAUGUUCAUUUUUACAUGUUCAAAUCCAUCUCCAUACACUUUCAUACGUUUGACAUGUAGUUGAGCUUGUGCCACACCACAUUGCGAUAAAAGCUGUGUCCCGCAUCAGGAGCUGUCUUUCGGAAGCUGCUUUUAAAGUAUAAAAAUGUGAUGACGACCAUUGAAGCAGAAUUGGAACAUAUUGCAAUGCGGUCCUGUUUUGUCGACAAUAAGUUUGUCCAAAUUCGGUAGGUCUUUCAAAUUUUUUGACAUUUAGUUUUUUCUUUUUUUUUUUUUCUUCUUUUUUUUAUACAGCUAUCCUUAUUCCAAGAGUCUAUGCUAUAAAGUAUUUCAAUAGAGCUGUACAAAGAAAGCGAGUGAAUUUCACUUUAAAAUGUAUUCGAGUUGUAGUCAUCUGAUAUCACCCAUAUUUCACCUCAUAUUUACACUCUUUACACCUUAACUUUUUUUUCUUAUUUUACGAUCCAGUCAGGCCAACGGUACCAUCUAAAGAAUGCUCUUAGAAUAUGAUAAGCACGUUGUUGGUCACUUGCGUAAUUACUUGGUCUCCAAGCUUUGGGAGUUGCUGAAAAUCUUUUAUGUCGGCAUAUAAUUAAUAUAAUGUGUACUAACUGCUCUCUAAAAGGAGUAGGUAGAACCUUGUGUACAGUAGCAUUUCAAUCAGUGUUCAGACAGUGCAGUAUUAUUCUUGGAAUACAAUUAUUGAAGGAGGUUGAGUAGUGGAUUAAGCAUCCGGGGAAUGAGACUGUUCUCAGUAUGGCCCGACAGCAUUUCACUAAAAACAAACAAGAGGUCUAAGGUUUUGUGAUCUGAGUUAUGAAAGGAAGCUAAUGUUUGACAACAAAAUGUGACUUGAAAUUGAUUAUAUUUGGCAAGAUCCCAUGAAUAAAUCCUGAAUACUGAGACAUUGCUGAACUUGUACCACAGUGUUACUUCAGGCCAGAGGAGAUGUGACAAUUGAUAGUGGAAUAGUUAGCUUGUUGACUAUCUCACCUUACUUCUGAGAAUAUGGGGAGGCCUCGUUUCCAUCAAGCAGCAGUAUACCUCUAUUAUGAACGGUACACAUUUUUUUUUUUUCAAAAGGCUUUAUGGAGGUACCAAAGCAACAUCUGUACCAUAGCGUGUUUUGGUACCCUACCAACCACACUGGUAUGGUACCUUAAAGGGUGGCGCUAGACAUGCUGAAGUCAGUGAGAAUGGUCACUUUAGUGGGGGAAAGAAGAGCAAACACGAAAUGCUGGAUGUCCUCCAUUGUUUUGUUUACUGUUGCCGUUCAUUACAUUAUUAGGUUACAUUCUGUUUGCACUGACAUACUAUCAACAUCCCUUGUGGCAAGCUAAACUCAAAUGAAACACUUGUUAGAAACUCACCCUGCGUUCAUUUUAGACAAGUACUUGGGCUGUGUUCACAUUCGUAAUGGAUUCUCUGGUCUGGACCGAAAAUGAAAAAUAUACAUGGUGCAUCACCAUUGGUCCUCAGUUUUUGUCGUUAGCCCAAAGGUUGCCCAGUAAGGAUACAUACUGUAUGAAGUGGUGACCUAGUUUAACAAAAUUCAAACUUCCAAAACAAUAUUACUUGAUCAUAAAUCUUCAGCCUGCUAUUGGCUGGAGACAAGUCCAUGGGUGGAGAUCGCCUCUGGCCCAAAGUCGGUUGCAAUAAGCUCCAGCUCACCCAUUAAACCUAAUGAUGACUAGCUUCAUAGAAAAUGGAUAGAUGUACAGUAAAAGCAUCAAGUGUUCCUUUGUUGCGCAUACACACAGCAUUUCUGAGGCCUGAACUAAACGCGUAACAGUUUUCUGGCUUACCUGUGCUUUACACUGCUUACACUUACACUGUGCUUCCACUUUUGCCUUUGGUACGUGUUGCAUUGAAAUUCCAGAACAAGCCCAAAUUGCACCAUCUUUUUGCUCUCGUCAGUCAAAUUCCUUUGUUUGGUGCACUUGCUGUUCAAAAUUGAUUGAAUAAACCAAACUAUUAAGGUUUAUCAUAACAGAGUGCAUUUUAACCCAACUAAACCUGUCAAGUGUGAACACACCCUUAAGUGUUUGUUGUCGUCCUUUCAUGACAUACACUGAUUUAUGCCGUCAUGUCUCAACUCAUCUUCCAAGGUGAGCUUCACGACCACACUCAGAGGUACUAAACUAGCAUAUAGUUUUAGCACUUAAUCUGUUUGCAUCUUUUGGCUUUAAAGCAAGUCUAAGUCUUGGUGAAUCUUAAUUGGACGAAUAUAAACCACAGCACUUCGUUUUGAUGAGUGUAUGCAGCGUCUCGCAGUCACAUUGCUGCCUGUCGUUUGAGCUAGCCACUCACUGCCAAGUGGUAGCAGUUUAAGAAACAGUACUUUCAAAGCAAUGUUAAACGAGCUAAAUGUUUCUUACUUAAUCUAAAUUUGAAGAAUUUAACGCAGAGCACUUUGAUUUCAUGUAUGCAGCGCUCCACAGUCACGUAGCCACCUUUUAUUUGAGCUAGCAACUCAUACGCGAGUGCUAGCAGAUUUAGCUGAGCUAAGUAGGAAAACAAUACUUUAAAACCAUUUUUAUAAAUAACUAAUUUAUUCUUGUUGAAGCUAAAUUGGAAGACUUAAAGCCGCAGCAAAUACCUUUGAGUGUAUGCAGCAGUUCACCGUCACAAGGCCACCUUUCAUUUGAGCUAGCAACUCAGCUGAUUUAGCCAAGCCAAAUAGUAAAAGAAUGCUUUCAAACCAUUGUUAUAGAGAAAUUAUUCUCUUUAAAGAUACAUUGGAAGACUAUAACCCACAGCACUUAGUUCUGAUGAGUCAUGUAUCCCUUUCAUUUUGCCUAGCAGCUCUAAGGCGAGUGCUAGCGGUUUAAACCAAGCUAAGUAGUAAAACUACACUUUCGAACUAUUGUUCUAAAGAACUAAUUUAUACUAGUUGAAGCUAAAUUGGAAGACUAUAAGCCUCAGCAUAUAGUUUUGAUGAGUGUAUACCAUAUUUCAUUUGAGCUAGCUAUUCAUAGCCAUCUGUUAGCGGUUUAAGCUAAGCAAAAUAGUUAAACUAUACUUUCAAACUAUUGUUCUAAAGAACUAAUUUAUUCUUCUUGAAGCUAAAUUGGAAGACUAUAAGCCACAGCGCAUUGUUUUUAAUGAGUGUAUACAGCGCUCCACAAUCAUGUAGCCACCUUUUAUAUGAGCGCAGCUUACAUCCAUGUGCUGGUGCAAACUAGCGGUUGAAGCUAAGUUAGCAACUAAGUUCACCGCUUUUCCCACUCAUUUGAUGUCAACCUGUUCAGCAGGCAUGUAUUUUGUUAAGUGGACACAAAAAUAAUUAAGUUCAUGUUGAGCUAACGAAACUGAGUUUUAGUGCAACAGCCUGUUUAGCUGCCUCAGCCUUGAGAUAACUCCACAGUGUCUACUAGGGAUGGGCAUUUGACAAAUUUUGUUUUAUUUUUUUCCUUUCGGAAAAUUACAAAUGAGUGAACUGAUUUUUAAAAAAUAUUUUUAUAUUUAUUUUAGAUGGCAGAAAAUAUAAAGAAAAGUGUUUUUUUUGUUUUAUUUCAUUAUCAUAUUUAUUUUCACAAUUGUUUUAAAAUUUAAAGCCAUUCAUAACUGUCAAGUUCUUUUUCUUCAAACCACAAACUUGUUGAAACUGAGUAAACAGUGCCUCUGCUGGUUGCACCCAAGUAGUGCACUCUAUUUUUCAGCCGUAAUCAUCAAUGUGCAUAAUUGUUAAUGAUUGAUGAAUUAACUAAUCCAUCAUUAUGCCCAUCCCUAUCUUCUACACAUUUGCAUUAUUCUUCAUGCAUCAUUAUGGCUGCCAGUAGCUUUGUGAGUGGUUCUCCAGUCAAAUUGUAACAUGAAGGCGGGGUGAUGAUGAUGAUGAUGAUGAUGAUGAUGAUGAUGAUGAUGCUUGAACAAUCCAGGCCGUGACUGGGUCACAGCAUUCGAGCGAGAGGAAAGUCUUAGGCCAAGACUCUGAAACUACCUAAAAGAAGAGAUGUAAACUAAAGUUUACACUUGGACAAAAUUCAUUUUAAUUUAGUCAAAGAAAAGAAAUCAAUUUUCCCUUUAUCUGAAUAGUUUACCAGAUAUAUUUUCCUGAUUUAUUUUAUUUAUUUAUUUUUUUUUUUUGUCGGGGGUGAAUUUUUAAUAACCGCUCGCCAUUUCGUUUUAAAAUGGUCAUGCAUCUCCUUUUUGCUGUCAAGCUGAAGUUAAUACUGAAAAAAAGCUCCUGUCUCUCUCUCUCUCUCUCUCUCUCUCUCUCUCUCUCUCUUGCUAUCUAUCGCUCUCUCUCUCUCGCUCGCUCUGUCUCUCUCGCUCUUGCUGUCUCUCUCUCUAGCUUUCUCUGUUUCCAUCCACACCUUUGUAUUUUGAAUGUCAUUUUUUUUCCCCUCAAAAAGUCUUCUUUUUAUUUCUGGCGACUGAAUUCCUCUCCUGAGUUUACUUUCUAUUGCAGUUUAAAAAAAAUAAUAAACAAAUGUAUUGACUAUGAGAUAAAUUACAAUAUUUGCUAGGUUUGAAGUAAUAAUGACUUAUUGUACAUAAGCAUUUUCCUCCCUUGUACUGAAAAAAAAAAUAAAUGGUUGUAUAUUGUGUAGAAAAGCAAACAAAAAGCCAUGAAUAUUGUGAAGCUUGUCAUUUCGUUUUGUGAUCACUGUGUAUUAUUGUGUAACAAAUGUGCAAAAUGUUUGGGAUUCUUUUUUUAUUUUAAUUUUUUCCCUCCCAACUUUUUCCUCUGCUUCUUAAAAUGGACUCCCUGGGUGCAUUUGAUUUGGUUUUUAGACUCCAGUUACCAAGAAAGUGCUCAAUGGUUCAGCGUCACACAGUGCACGCUGUUUUCCUUUUUUAUUAUUAUUAUUAUCAUUGUUCGUGGGGCAGCAAUACUUGAAAUAAUAAUCAUUUGUUUCAUACUAAAUUGUUCGUUAACUUGCUUUAGAUAAAAGCACUUUAGUUUGGACAACACAGUAGUACUCAAGUAACGGGUCAUUUCAAGACACGAAUGUUGUGUUUGGAUCUUUGCAACAAAUCAUGUUUAUCUUUGAGCACUCCUGCAUGUCCGUGUAUUCAAGCGAACAUCUUUAUGAAUUUGAUUUCAUUAAAAAAAUGCUUUUUCAGAACUGACCAACCUGAUGCAAUAACAUUGAAAUUUGUACUAUUUUGUGUCUUCUAUAAAGCUUGUUUGCUGUCUAAAAAGAUAGACACCUAUUAUACGUGCUUUAUAACACCUUUUGUUGUAGUAGGAAACAUUAAAAAAAAAAUUUUAAUUUUGUUGCCUUUUUUAAUCCCUUUUAAUAAAACAAAACAGCCAAAAUUCUUCCUUUUAAAAAGGCAAAAAAAUGGAAAAGAUUUGUAGUAAAUGUGCCAAAGCACCCUAAUAUGAACCUGCUGGCUUUAAAUAUUGCUGCCAACGCUUAAGACAUUGUUUUCACUUGCAUAAAGACGUUUGCACGAUAGCCAGCCAUGCAUGGAGUCUGUGCUAAAAUGUGCAUCAAAUUCCAUCUCUGCGCUUUUAUAAUUGACCCGACUUUAAACCCAUGUUCACCGUUACUGCCAACCCCAGCGAUUGGCUUUCUCUUCUGGUAUUGUCAUUGUCAAUAUUUGGUUGCAAAGUCAUUUUUUAUUCACUUUCAAGCAUUUGCAUCAUCUUUGCAUUGCCGCCAAACAUCUGGGGAAGCAAGACACAAAUGAUGAAAUGAAGCAGAGACUAAUUUACGUCCUUUUUUGUUGUUGUUUGUUUGCUUACAUCAAUCCUGACCUUUUGCACAUACUUGAUAUUUAACGGUCUUCAAAAAAAAGUCAAUGAAAAUAAUGCUGUUUGAAUACUGCCAGUUGAUUGACAAUUAUGCAUUGAUUGAAAAAAAUAAGCUAAUUUUGGAGGAAAUAACUUUGUAAUAUUUAUCUUGCAAGCUAUGUUUAAUAAAGGUUGAAACAAUUUGCUUC